AAAGCAGCAAUGGGACCUUCAUCAACAGCCAGAGGUUGAGUCGCGGCUCGGAGGAGAGUCCGCCCUGCGAAGUUCUCUCCGGCGACAUCAUUCAGUUCGGCGUCGACGUCACUGAGAACACACGCAAAGUCACCCAUGGCUGCAUCGUGUCAACAAUCAAACUCUUCCUACCUGAUGGGAUGGAGGCACGCCGACGAAGCGAUGUCAUCCAGGCUCCGUUACCACUACCUGUAGACAAGGUUGCAGCCAACACUCCCAGUAUGUAUUCUCAGGAACUGUUCCAGCUCUCCCAGUAUCUACAGGAGGCCUUACACAGAGAGCAGAUGUUGGAGCAGAAGCUAGCCACUCUGCAGCGACUGUUAGCCAACACUCAGGAGGCCUCAGAGAGCAGCUGGCAGGCUCUGAUCGAUGAAGACCGUCUCCUCUCCAGACUGGAGGUGAUGGGCAGUCAGCUGCAGGCUUACUCUAAGUCCCAGACGGAGGAAGGGAUCCGUAAGGAGCUUUUGGCUCUUCAGGAGGACAAACACAACUACGAGACGACAGCGAAGGAGUCUCUGAGGAGAGUCCUGCAGGAGAAGAUCGAAGUGGUCCGAAAGCUGUCAGAGGUGGAGCGCUCCCUGAGUAACACGGAGGACGAGUGCACCCACCUGAAGGAGAUGUCUGAGCGGGGCCAGGAGGAGCUGAGGGAGCUCGCCAACAAGUACAACGCCGCCGUCAACGAGAUCAAAGAGCUCACUGACAAAAUCAAGGCGGCAGAGGGCCGGCAGGAGGAGUUGACCCAGCGCGGAGCGACAGAGAAGAGAGAGCUGGAGCUGAGGAUCGAGGAGAUGGAGGAGAAGGAGCAGGUUCUCCAGGCUCGCAUCGAAGCUCUGCAGGCCGACAACGACUUCACUAACGAGAGGCUCGCCGCCCUGCAGGUUCGGUUAGAACAGCUCCAAGAGAAAAGCAUUAAAGAAAACAACAGCCUGGAUGUGGCAGAUGUGGACCUUGUCUCCCACGGACCAGUAGAAGAGCCUGUCGAGGACAAACAGAGCCUGCAGAAACCUGAGAGCCAGGAGGAAGACGAGGAUGAGGAGGAUACAGACACCGAUGAUGGUGCAUUUGGUCAAGAUGAAGAUGUUGAUGCGGUCAAACAGCUGAAGGAGACUGUAAGUUCAUCGAUCCACCGUCUGGCCAACUUUGAUGAAGUGAUGGACGCCCACCUACAGAACAACCAGACGGCAGAAGACGACAUCCUGGCCAGCCCUGAUCGACUCAAAGGGAAUCCGAUGGAUGCCAAAGAGUCCGACAUGUCAGACACUCUGAGUCCCAGCAAAGACCGCAGCAGUGACGACACAUCAGACGGCAACAUGGACGACCAGGAGCUGAAUGAACCACAGAACAGAGUAGCUCUGCUCAAAGCGGAGUUGCAUCGAGCCGGUCUAGAGCCUGAAGACACGGAGCAGGUCAUCCACCACCUCCACAGAGAGCUUCUGGACGCCCAGGACUUAGCCAACACUGGCAAGCAGAGAUGUCUGGAGCUACAAGCUCUGCUGGAGGAGGAGAGGAGGAGUAACUCUCGGCAGACUGAAGAGUCGACCAAACAGAUCCAGUUCCUGCAGACUCAGCUUGGAAAGCUGCAGUCUGACAUGGAGGCACUGAGGGAGCAGAGGGAGAGCACCAUCUGCACCACCAGAGAGGAGCUCUACUGCGCCCAGGAGGAGAUUCUCGUCCUCCGGCACGCCAUGGAGGCAGCCACGGCGGAGCGUGAGCGGGAGAUCGCCGCCCUGCAGGCCGACCUGGGCAGCGUGCGGUCUGACCUGGAGCACUGGAGGGACACCGCGGCCAAGUACGAGGGAGAGAUCAGCAGGCUGCAGGAGGCCUUCGCUCAGCAGCAACACCAGCAGAGCUCCACCAGCCAGCUGCAGGCGGAGUGUGUUACGUUGCAGCAGCGGUGUGUGUGUUUGCAGCAGGACUGUGAUGGCCUGAGAGGUGAACGGAAAGCUCUUACGGACAAACUGCACCGCCUGGAGACUGAGCUGAGCAGCACCAGGGAGCAGAGUCUGGUUCUCAGCAGCAGUCUGGAGUCCCUGGAGAAGAGGGAGGAGGUUCUGCAGGACAAACUGGGUUCUCUGGAGAAUCAACACCUGCAGGAUGCAAGCAAGCUGAAGAGCCAGCUGGACCAGUCGCAGGCCCACACACACACACUGCAGAGAGAGUAUGAGGAGACACAGUCCCAGCUAUUGGACCUCCGUCAGCACUAUGAGAGAACAGAGAAGGAGAAGCUGAAAAUCCACGAGGAGCUGGAGCAGUGCAGGAGCAGCCUGAAGCUGCUGCAGGACAAGACCAGCUCCCCAUCCAUACUGCAGCCUGUCCAAGCCAUAUUCAUUGGCCUUGUCCUGGCUCUGCUGUACUGGUGUUUCGGCCAGUUGUGGUAGAAAGAGCGGCUGGAGCCCCUGGAUGCCGGUCAUCGCAGUGAUGGUCGCAGUGACGGCAGCCGUCCUCUACCCCAGCCUCUCCAAAAGCAGCUCCACCUAGGACACACACACACACACACGCACACACACACACACACACACACACAGCGCUGUGAGGAGAGCAUCACUGCUUUACUUGUAUAAAGUCUAAUUGUACAUAAUUGUAGAGGGAAUAUAAAGGUUGUGGUUUCUACGGAGGAUCCAGAAGCUUCUCGGUUUUAUUUUUUCGUGUUGUUGGUUUCUCGGCUCUCUCUCGGCUGUGGUGGGGGCUUUUAUUUUUAUUUUUAUUUUUUGGGGGGGAAGGGUUUUCGUCUCUCUGCUGAUUUCUGGGUUAACGGAGCGCUCUCCAGCAGGCCGAGCUGCCCCAUACACACACACACACACCUGCCACAGGUGGCGUUUUCGCCCGUCCCACCGUAAAGGCUGUUUCAUGCUUCUGCGUAGAAUCGAAUCGACAGCAGACCCCUGCAGACCCCCUAGCCUGAUGUCACCUCUCGAAAAAUGUAACUACAUGUCUCUCGGCUGUAGUGUGGAAGCGUUACAUCCCCCCCCCACCCCCCCCGACUCAUGUCCUGGUUCUCCUU